AACGAUAGUAAACAAUCUAAAGAUAAUUUUGGCACAACAAAUUUCAUGCGGUACCUAGACAAGAAUAAAACAUUUUAAAAGUUCUAAUAAAAAAAGUAUGUUAUCAAACUUACCAGCAUU